AGAAAGAGAAACAGUAGUGAGAGAAACAAAAUUUGCUUUUCCUGUAGUUUUUCACUGCCUUUGAUGAGAAUUAAUCUUCACCUGCUACAGCCUUCCCAUAAAAAAACUUCUUGUUUUUAGACAUUUUUCUUUCUGCUUUUUAUAUUACAUACCACAUUGAAAAAUUUGUGGGUUUUCUUUUUUUUUUUUUUUUUUUUCCUCUGCUCAUCCAUCUUUCUCUCUUUCUCUCUUUUAGCUGGUGGGGUGCAUAAUUUGUUUUUGACUUUAAAAGAUCGACACUUGAUUUUUGCUUUCAAGAUUGCUGUUGUUCAAAAGGUGCCUUUUCCUUUCUUUCUUGUAAUUUCUUUUUGUUGCAAUUAUUUAUACCAUUAUUUUCACCUACUUGCCAUUGUUACACUUUCAUUUUCCGUUUCUCUGUUGUCUUUCUCUUUUCCUAUUAAUAUACAUCUGGGUAGUUCACUCUUUUGGCUUUGGGUCCUUGCAUUUUGAGCCUUUUCCCUCUGGUUUCUUGUCACCUCAAGAUAGAGAGAGAGAUUUUUUUAGAGUGAGAAGGAAGAUUCAUGGCUGGAGGUGGAGGAGGAGGUGGUGGAGGAAAGGCAGAGGAGCCACAGCCACAUCCGCCAAAGGAGCAGCUUCCAAACAUUUCUUAUUGCAUUACCAGUCCUCCCCCGUGGCCUGAGGCUAUCCUGCUUGGUUUCCAACACUACCUUGUGAUGCUUGGCACAACUGUUCUUAUUCCCACUGCCCUUGUUCCCCAAAUGGGAGGUGGAAAUAGGGAGAAAGCGGAGGUGAUCCAGACAUUACUCUUUGUUGCUGGUUUGAACACAUUGCUUCAAAGUUUGUUUGGUACUCGGUUGCCUGCUGUCAUUGGAGGCUCUUAUACCUUUGUCCCAACGGCUAUUUCAAUUAUCCUUGCUGGUCGAUUUAGUGAUAAUCUUGACCCUAUUGAGCGAUUUAAGAAGAUAAUGCGUGCAAUACAAGGUUCCCUCAUUGUCGCAUCAACUCUUCAAAUUGUUCUUGGCUUCAGUGGCCUAUGGCGUAAUGUUGCCAGGUUCUUAAGUCCACUUUCAGCUGUUCCUUUGGUAGCUCUUGUUGGUUUUGGGCUGUAUGAGCUUGGUUUUCCUGGGGUUGCCAAAUGCGUGGAGAUUGGGUUGCCAGAGCUGAUCAUAUUAGUAUUUGUUUCACAGUAUAUGCCCCAUGUGAUAAAGUCUGGAAGACAUGUUUUUGAGCGUUUUGCUGUAAUAUUCUCGGUGGUAAUUGUAUGGAUUUAUGCUCACCUACUUACUGUGGGUGGGGCCUACAAUGAUGCAGCACCAAAGACACAAAAUACUUGUCGUACUGAUCGUGCAGGACUUAUAGAUGCUGCUCCAUGGAUAAGGGUUCCUUACCCAUUUCAAUGGGGAGCACCUUCAUUUGAUGCUGGUGAAGCCUUUGCCAUGAUGAUGGCUUCCUUUGUUGCUCUUGUAGAGUCCACUGGUGCAUUUAUUGCGGUUUCAAGGUAUGCAAGUGCGACCCCAAUCCCACCUUCUGUUCUUAGCCGUGGCAUUGGCUGGCAGGGAGUUGCCAUUUUGCUUUCUGGGUUGUUUGGAACUGUGAAUGGAUCCUCUGUUUCUGUAGAGAAUGCUGGCCUUUUGGCCUUGACACGAGUUGGUAGCCGAAGGGUUGUCCAAAUAUCUGCUGGAUUCAUGAUUUUCUUCUCCAUCCUUGGUAAAUUUGGAGCUGUCUUUGCUUCUAUACCAGCGCCCAUUAUUGCUGCUUUGUAUUGUCUUUUCUUUGCUUAUGUGGGUGUUGGAGGUCUUAGCUUUCUUCAGUUUUGCAACCUCAAUAGCUUCCGCACAAAGUUCAUUUUAGGCUUUUCUAUUUUCUUGGGCUUGUCAGUGCCACAAUACUUCAACGAAUAUACUGCAAUUAAUGGCUAUGGUCCUGUCCACACUGGAGGAAGAUGGUUCAACGAUAUUGUAAAUGUUCCUUUCUCAUCGGAAGCAUUUGUUGCGGGGUGUGUGGCAUAUUUCCUGGACAACACACUGUAUCCAAAAGAUGGUGCAAUCAGGAAAGACAGGGGUAAGCAUUGGUGGGACAAGUUCAGGUCAUUCAAGGGUGAUACAAGGAGUGAAGAAUUUUAUUCCCUGCCUUUCAAUCUAAACAAAUAUUUCCCAUCUGUGUGAUUUAAUCAGCAUCAGAAAUUAUGAAUUCUAUCUUAUCCGAAAUGUGUUCUCAAUAGCUCUGCGGGAUCACGUUGCAAUGUAAUAUUGUCAUUUCUUCUUUGUGAAUCUUAUCACGCUAUAUAGAUAGCAGUAUAAGAUAGUCUUUUUCCUUUAUAGGACCACCUUAACGAUUAUUGAAUUUGUUUUUGUUGUAAAUCCAACAAGGACAUGGACUUGAAGCAGCAUUGAAGUUUUACUGCCUUGCACUA